CUCUGCGUAACAAGUGCCUUUCCGGACUCGCACACAAAGCACCUCGCUUACGGUUUUUAGCACCCACACACACUCCCGGCCAACAUCUCACCACCCCCGAGAGAGAAGGCCGCGCGCCGCGCGCUGCUAGUAGUGCUCGAUGGCGAUGGUCCCCGCCGACGCCGACGCCGCCGCCAAGCCGCCGCCGGACGUGGAGAAGCCGGACUACAGCUCCCAGAACGGCGCCCCCAACUCGGCCGCCGCCGCCGCCGGGGGGGGCGGCGGCGGCGUGGUGGAUUCGGUGGUGGCGCGGUGGCGGCGGGAGGACAUGCUCGACAAGAGCCCCCUCGCGCUGCACGCGGCCGCCGCGGCGUUCGCCUUCGUCGCGCUCGUGCUCGUCGCCUCCAACCAGCACGGGGACUGGAUGGAGUUCGACCGGUACCAGGAGUACAGGUAUCUGCUCGCGAUUGCGGCACUGGCGUUCGCCUACUCGCUCGCGCAGGCGCUGCGGCAUGCUCUCCGGAUGCGCCGCGGCGUCGACCCCGUCCCGACGGCGUCCGGGCGGCUCCUCGAUUUCGCCAGUGAUCAGGUAGUCGCAUACUUGCUGAUGUCUGCUCUCUCUGCUGCUACACCCAUUACAAAUCGGAUGAGAUCUGCAGUAAUCAACCGCUUCACCGACACGACUGCUGCUGCAAUCAGCAUGGCCUUCUUGGCAUUUGUAUCCCUCGCCUUGUCAGCGAUAGUUUCUGGAUACAAACUCUCCAAACAAACCUACAUGUGAAGCAUCGUUCUAUAGGAGUAAAGCCCAUUUCAUGUGAUCCAUUCAUCCUGGAGAUGCAAGAACUUAUGAUGACAUGAAGGCGUAGUGGUGAUUGCUGUUACCUAUUGGUAGCUUACACAUGUGUACAUAAGCUUAGAUGCAACAUGCCUGAAGCUCUGAAGACCGCAAUAUUUGUUUAAAAUUUGUGCUACCCUUUGACUACCAGAACAACAUUUCUGCGGUGAUGAGAAGGUGAGAACUGCUUGUUCUGAAGAUACAGAUAAGUGUACCUAUGUGAGCAUUUAUUGUAGCAUCUUUUGUAUGUGAGACUGUUAUCAUUUUAUUGUAGCGUCUAAGUUCAAUUUGUGUACUAAAUUUUUAGCGUGAGGAAUUUAUGGGCUAGAUUUGUCAUUUCUAUAUUCCUUCUUGGUGGUUGGUUUGUGAUCGAUUUAUGUUAGUACAGUCAGAUGUGUGUAUUUGUUACCGGUUGUGACUUUGUGAGUACAUGAUCACUUUGUAAUGU